AUGGCAAUGGCAGAACAAGGGUCUCCCACUGGAGUAGAUCAGAACUGCUUUAAUGAUGGGUCUCCCACCGGUGUUUCCCAGGUUGUCUGUGAGUAUGAGUCAAAGUGUGACAGCAACACAACAAAUGCUGAGGAACAGAUGGCAGCACAAGAGGUUCAACUGAACAACACUGGCGAAAAACGCUUCAUGUGUUGGGAGUGUGGAUACCGGACAGAUUACAGGUCUAACUUAUCCAGACAUGUGAAAAAUCAUUCAGAAGAAAAACCGUACAAGUGUGACCAGUGUGACUACUCCACAGCACACAAAUCUGCUUUGGACAAUCAUCUACCGCAACACACUGGUGAGAAACCCUACAUGUGUGGGAAGUGCGGAUAUAGGACGACUGUACAGGCCAACUUAACCAGACAUAUGAGAAUUCAUACUGAAGAUAAACCCUACAAGUGUGACCAGUGUGACUAUUCUGCAGCAGACAAGUCUGCUUUGGACAAACAUCUAGCAAAGCACACCGGUGCAAAGCCCUACACGUGUGGGAAGUGCGAAUAUAAGACAGCUAUAAAAUCCAACCUAACCCAACAUUUGAGGACCCAUACAGGAGAAAAACCUUAUAAGUGUAACCAGUGCGACUAUUCUGCAGCACAGAAAUCCAGUUUGGACAAACAUCUAACAAAACACACUGGUGAUAAACCCUACAUGUGUGGGAAGUGUGGAUACAUGACAGCUGACCAGGCCAACUUAUCCAGACAUAUGAGGAUCCAUACAGGAAUAAAACCCUACAAAUGUGACCAGUGUGACUAUUCUGCAGCACACAAGUCUGCUUUGGACAAACAUCUAGCAAAUCACACUGGUGAGAAACCCUACAUAUGUAGGGAGUGUGAUUACAGGACAGCUAUAAAGUCCAACUUAUCUCAACACGUGAGAACCCACACAGGAGAAAAACCUUACAAGUGUGACCAGUGCGACUAUUCUGCAGCACAGAAAUCCAGUUUGGACAAGCAUCUCACAAAGCACACUGGUGACAAACCCUACAUGUGUGGGAAGUGUGGAUACACAACAGCUGAACAGGCUAAUUUGUCCAGGCAUAUGAGAAUUCAUACAGGAGUAAAACCCUACAAAUGUGACCAGUGUGACUAUUCUGCAGCACAUAAAUUAUCUUUGAAUCAACAUAAAACAAAACACACUGGUGAGCUACCAUACAUAUGUAGGGAGUGUGGAUACAUGACCGCUGAGAAGUCCAACCUAACCCAUCAUGUGAGAACCCAUACAGGAGAAAAACCUUACAAGUGUGACCAGUGCGACUAUUCUGCAGCACAGAAAUCCAGUUUGGACAAACAUCUAAAAAAGCACACUGUUCAAAAACCCUACAUAUGUGGAGAGUGUGGGUACAGGGCUCCUGACAAGUCAAACUUAUCACAACAUACGCAAAGUAAAACAGGAGAAAGACCCUACAGAUGUGACCAGUGUGACUAUUCUGCUGCACUGUUUGGAACAACCCUGCAUCUGGACCAAGAGGUUGGGAGUUCAAAUCCCGCCUGUGUCAUUCACCAGACAUGCAUACUACUGCAAAGGGUCACAGUCCUUAGGACGGGACGUUAAGCUGUGGUCCACUGUUCAUUGUUCUUGUCGAAAUUAUAAAUAGCUAGGGGAAUUUCUCUGGUGCAAUGAAGUUGUAAAUACUGUAGGAGAUUAGAUCUAUAGUGAGCUAAAACUGGAUCGAGAUCACUUUCCUUUUUUUUUACCAGCAACUGGUACAAUAUACAUGUAUAGUGAGCAGUCCCUCCAAC